CCUAAAAAUAUUAGUUUACCCUUAAAAAUCAAAUGUUCAGUUUCACAAAGCCAGUUUCAUCUAUUUCUUUGACCAUCUCUCUGAUGUCGGUUCUCUACAAUGACAAAAUGAUUUCAUCAAGAUUCAAUUGCCGUCAACCCAAUAACACACAUCUUCAUCAUCUAAGGCUUUUCUACUGCACCAACUAUCAAUUCAUUGAUGACCUGAUAUUAAAAGAGACCAUGUAUGUUGACAAAGGUAUUCCUUUCAGUUUCGUUGGGGUGCUCUUUAUACGUGGAUCACCAGCAUAUAGAACCCAAAAAAAAGUUGGGGAAGCUAAAGCUCCAGGUGUCCAUGGUUUCAGGCAUGUUUUUGUAGUUUUGAUUGGUUUAGUCUCUUCCUUAGCUGGUGUGAGUUAUUGUUUUUGAAGGGCUGCAGCAAAGGCCUCUGACCAAUCUAUGUAAGAAUGCUUUAUCGUUCUAUGUAAGAAUGCUUUAUCGUUCUAUGGUCUUACGACAAAUUAAAAAUCUAUCUUUAUUAUC